AUGCAAGUAUGGUGGAGAUUUAAGCUUGGUGUAAACUGUAGAAUACUGUUGGUAGCGUUGAUAUUGUUGAUAUGCCUAUCUGACUGCAGAAAAAAGAGAAAAAAACACAAAUACUAUGGAAAACACAGAACAACUGAAACGCCAGACCCAUACACUAAAACAAUAUGUAUGCAAUUAGAUGAAACUCUUCGAGCAAAACACAAGUCCUGUUUCCUCAGACCUGACACCGGGCCUUGUCGCGCGGACAUUCUCCAGUGGUAUUUCGAUGUGAAACAAAGAAAAUGCUACCAGUUCUUUUGGGGGGGCUGUCAGGGAAAUGGGAAUAGAUUCGAAAGUAAAGAGGAUUGUUUGGACUAUUGCCAUCUUAAUACUACUGCACAAACAGGUCGAAUACCAUACUUCUGUUCGCUGUCGUUCGACUUUGGCAAUUGUUUUGGUCAUUAUAACCGCUGGUAUUGGGAUAGAUUUGCCAAAACAUGCAAGCGUCGACUUUACUCUGGUUGUGGUGGCAAUCAAAAUAAUUUUGAAACCCGUAAGGAAUGCCUAAAAACCUGCCUGAAACCGCCUAAUAAUACUAUGCAAAAUUUUCAUCAAUUCACCACAUGCAUACCUUACCACGUGGCAGAGCUUCAGUAAUAAAGCUAUGAUAAACUUGU